CAGGCGCCCCUCAGCAUGGCCGGGGCGGCGCCGGGGCCGCCGGUGAAGGUGCUGGCGGCGCAGCUGCGGCGGGCGGAGCGCGGCGCGGGCGGGAGCUGGGAGCUGCGGCGGGCGGCGGCGGGCCGGGCCCCGCUGCCCCUGCGGGCCGUGUGGAUGCAGGGCACCGUGCUGGAGGUGCAGCGCGGCGCCGAAGGCGGCUCGGCCCGGCUGCAGGACGGCAGCGGCGCCUUCACCGUGCUGGGCGUGGAGCAGGUGCCGCAGGGUCGGCCGUGCCUCAGCGCAGGGAAGUAUGUAAUGGUGAUGGGUGUGGUGCGGUCCUGCAGUCCAGAGCCCAUUCUUCGAGCAAUAAAGAUGACAGAUCUCUCUGAAAACCCCAUCCAUAAGAACAUGUGGAACCUUGAAGUGGAGGAUUUGCACAGAGUCAUCCCCUAAUACUUUUACUUUCUGCCUAAAAGAACUGGAAAUUUGUUUUCUUUUGCUUUUUGGUGCAGGGCAUUGGACUAUUCUGUGUAACCACUCCUGGAGUACACCAAAGUGAGAAGUUGGGCUAAGUUAAGCAUAGGGACCAGUGCUUAUCUGAUAAUAAUCACAGUUCAUGUCUCCAGUCGCUUUUUAUACCAGCAUAUCUGAGAAGUGCCUAUUUGAUGUUUUAAUUAAGAUGUCCACACUAUUAAAAAGGCUGUAUGUUU